CAACAGAAAUUCUAAAUUUAAAAUAUAUAUAGCCGUUUAGAGUUUGGCGUUUACAAUUUAAAAUAUUUUGUAAAUCGUAGAGGCUGUAGGUAUUUAGUGUUUUAAUUUGUCCGUAUGAAUAGGUGGUGCUAGUGUUAAUUAUUCGAAAUGCAGAAGAUGAAAAUAAUGUCUAAACUACCAACACCCAUGUCAAAGGAAAAUAGACCUGGGUCUUCAAACGCAAGGAACGGAGCAAGAUCGGUUGUCAAUGGUCUAAGUGAUGCAGACAAAAGGACCCUUUUAACAAAUCAUACCAAACCCAUUAAAAGUGCCAUAACCGCUGCGCCUGCGCCACGUCUAAAAAGAGCGGCUACAUUGCCAGCAUCAUCUAACUGUGCGCCUGCCAAGUCCAGUAAAGUGGAAAAGAAAACAGUGACAGCAGCGAGAAUCCCAGCAUAUGAUUACAAAGCUAGAUUUAAUGACCUUCUUGAAAAACAUAAAGUAAUGAAGUCAGAGCUAACAGAGUUAAAAGAAAAACACUCCGAAGUUUCAGAUGAAUAUGAAAAAAUUAAGGAAUUAUAUGAUAAAAUUAAUACUGAAUGCAAUACAGUUAAAUCUGAACUACUUAACACUAUGAAUGAAUUGAAACAAAAGUCUGGUGAAUUGGAAAAAGCAACAUUAGAUCUUGAACUUCAAAAAGCUAAUAUUGAAAAGCUCCUUGAUAAAACCAGAAAUUUUGAGGAAGUCACAAAUAAUCUGAAGUUAAAAACCAUAGAGUUUGAUAAGCUUAAAUUGGAAGUUGAUAAUGUAAGUAGUUGCUACAAAACUGUCUUGGGGGAAGCAGAAAGUCUGAGAGUGCAUUGUGCAGAUCUGAAAAAAAUAGCCGAAGAACACAUUAAAUUGAAGGAGGAACAUAAGAUUGCUCUGGCAUCAAUCAACCAAUAUAAAUCAGAGAGUGAAGCUUUGCAAUCCAUAGCAGACUCUAUUUACCAAGACCAAAGAGUAUUAAGAAAUACAAUACAAGAUUUAAAAGGUAACAUAAGAGUUUAUUGUAGAGUUAGACCUCCGCUAGAUUCGGAGGCUUCUAAACCACUUUACAACUUAAAUGUAUUAGAUGCAUGCUCUAUUGAGGUAGAGAAGGUUGAACUGCUGAACUCUGCCAGAAAGGGAAGAUCGCAACACACAUUUAGUUUUGAUGGUAUAUUUACACCACACUCAUCACAAAGUGAUGUUUUUAACGAAGUGUCCCCCAUGGUUCAGUCAGCACUUGAUGGCUAUAAUGUUUGUAUAUUUGCAUAUGGACAAACAGGUUCCGGGAAGACCUAUACAAUGGAAGGUGGAUGUGGUGUUGACCAGUAUGGCAUUGUACCACGAUCAAUCAAUAUGAUUUUCACAUGCAUGGAGGAUCUUAAGAGGAUGGGAUGGGAAUUGACAAUAAAAGCAUCAUUUUUGGAAAUUUAUAACGAAGUAAUAUAUGACCUUUUAAAUUCAAACAAAGAUCAAGAAAAUCAUGACAUUAAGAUGACAAAUACUAAAGGAACUGAUGUAUAUGUAUCUAACUUAUUAGAAGAAGAAGUUAAGAGUUCUCAUGAUUUCAUAAGGCUGUUAAUAUUUGCUCAACGUAACAGACAAACUGCUGCUACACUUAACAAUGAAAGGAGUUCCCGAUCACACUCUGUAGCCCAGAUCAAAAUAUCUGCAAAGAAUGACAAACGUAAAGAGAAAUACACAAGUAAUUUGAAUUUGGUUGAUUUGGCUGGAUCUGAGAGUGGCAAAACAACCCAGAGGAUGGAUGAAACUAAACACAUAAAUCGAUCACUUUCGGAGCUGUCAAAAGUGAUACUGUCGUUGCAAACAAAUCAAUCUCACAUCCCUUACAGAAAUUCAAAGUUAACUCAUUUACUGAUGCCAAGUUUGGGUGGGAACUCAAAAACACUUAUGUUGGUAAAUAUUAAUCAGUUUGAUGAAAAUUUCAAUGACACUCUUAACUCCUUACGAUUUGCAACCCAAGUCAAUAACUGUAGAAUUGUAAAGGCUAAGAAAAAUUUGACUAUGGUUGACAUGUAAAUAUGAUUUUGAAAAUCAUAUUGCAGUUUUCCUUAAACUAAAUCGAAGAUAAUUCUGCUAAAUUAGGUAUAAGUUUAUGGUGUAUUGGUGAUGUAACCCACCAAUUAGUUAUAAAUUGUAAUAAAACCAUGAAAUACCGAACUGUAAUAAUUGAUUUUUGUUACAAAAAAGUCACAGUUUUUUUUUCAGUAUUUAGUAUAAUUUAAUUAUAUUUUUAUAUUAGAGUAGUCUGACAUUAUUUGUUUAAUAUAAGAGAUAUUAUGCAACAUUUUUUAUAAUAGACAUUUGUAUGUUUCAAUGACUAAAACUUUGUUUUUCUUGAUAUUAACAUAUUUUACUUUUAAUUUUUUAUUGUUGAUUGUCUUAUAAUUUUGGCUCCCAUGAUUAUCAAGCAUUCUUUUUAAAGUCUAAUAUGUACACUGCCUUCAUAAUAAUUUUCAAACUCACUUUGUGUUAUGAUACUCUUUCCUACUAUUCAAGAUGCCUAAUAAAUAUGUCAACAUUU